UGCUAGUAUAAAUUCAUGUUAUCACAAGUGCAGUUUCCAUAUUCGCAAUUACUAAAAAAUGUCGAUCCAUUCUCUCCCAAUAGAGGUGUUACAGAAGAUUUUCACCUAUUUUUCAUAUCGAGAACUGCUGCCAUUGUCGCUUGUUUGCCACUGCUGAAAUGAGGCAUCGGUAAAAUUUAUCGUGUACAAGGGAAAGCUCAACGUGACUCGAGCUUUACGGGACUCGGAAGAAUGUGCUGAGAAAGGCCGUCUUAUCAACCCAUCUGUUGUGAUUGGAAAUAUUGCGCGUGAUUACCGAGCGCUUGUGGUGGAAGACGGGCAGCAACAUGAACCCACCAUAGCAGCGUGUGUCCAACGGUUUCCGAUUAUCGAUGCACUUCAAUUAGAGGAUGUUUUGUGCUGGGAUCUGCAUUGCCUUUACACUACGUACCAGGGCUGGUUUACUCAAUGCAGAUUAAUUGUUGUUUCACUGCAAAGCUGUCAUGGGAGCAAAAUGGCAGAUGAGCCGUUGGCCUGCAUUUGGACCAUGACGAAUUUGAAACGAUUGGUUUGGCUAGAAUGUGACUAUGACCCUUUGCGGAAAGUUACCAUCAACGCUCCUAAUUUGGAAUCGAUUUAUUUGAAGGGCAGUAAAGGUUCAUCUCCCGGCGAAAUAAGGCUCCAAUGUGCCCUGCUAAAACAUAUCGAAUGUAAGCCAAAAGAGCAUGAUUUUCCUGACAUGUUAAUAACGGAUCUCGGAAGCGUCGAAACACUACAGUUGAUUCUUGAAAAUAGAAGAGACCUCGAGUUUUUGCGAGGAUUACGCCAGUUGGCAGAUUUGGAUAUGACUUUCCGCUGCAAGAUGAAAUACUUGGAUGAACUAAUGGACACAUGCGCUGGGCUGCCCAUAAGGAUAUUGAAUAUUUCAUGUUUCUUCGAAAAGUGCUCUGUCAAUUUGGAACAAUUUUUCGCUAAUUUUACUGAAUUAGAAUCCCUGAUGCUACGCCACGUGGAAGUCUAUGCCGAAUGCGAAAUUCUCUUGAGGAAAUUAAAAAAUCUACAACUUCGAUCGAUCAAAUAUUGCGAAGACGUUACCUUAAACGUCCCAAGCUUGACAAAUCUGACGCUCGAGUCGAAUAUCAUCGACAAAAUAAUCUUUACUAAUGCCAGCAGUCUUUCGAAUCUUAUUACAUACUUAACUUCGAAAAAAUUGAAAAACUCCCUCGAACAAACUGUUUUUCCAUUUCUAGACAUCCAUAGAAAUGUGGAAAGUCUUACAUUGAUCAACGACAGUUUUAGAAAAAGUGAUGACUUUCUCGAUAUAUCAACUAACGCCCACAUACUGUUGAAUCUACAAAGUCUUGAAUUGCGCUUGAUCAACGUGACAGUUGAUUUCUUCCGAGUUUUCGUUGAGUCGAAACGAUUAAAGAAUCUGACGCUGACCGAUUGUAACAUCGAUUGUAGAGGCCUGCCGGAUGGAGAACACAUUCGGUUGGUCUCGGUUGAGUGCCUGAAUACUGGGCAACGGUGCUACCUGAAAAACACAACGCGGGCCGAUUUUCCUCUGCUGGCGGGGGGCAUUACUGGGGAUUUAUUAGGAUAAUGGAUGCACUUUAUAUAGGGGGAAUUACCUAUUCUCGGCCGUUCUGUUCUCUUCGUCUUAGUUUUUUUUUGUAACCUAUUGAACACAGAGUGUGUCUCAAAUUCUUCCCAACUAAGCUGAAUUAUAUAGCCAAGUUUCAGGAAAUUUGGCUGACAAAAACCCCCCAUGACGAACAGUACAAACCUGCCGAUAAUACCCAUUGUCACCCUAGUUUCUAGAUGUUUGUAAAAACCGUUACCAUUUAUAAUAAUCAGCCUAUGUGUUUGUGUCAAA